UCCUCGGCCUUCGCCGCCGCCGCCUCCAACCCCUCGACCCCCGCCGACUCCGACCCCGACUCCGACUCCUCCUGGGGCGUGUUCGACCCCGUCGCCGGCCGCAUCGUCAUGCAGGCACACCCGCCCCCUACCCCUCCCCCUUCCAGCUCCGACCGGGAGGAGGUGGAUGACGAGGAGGAAGAGGUGGUGGAGGUGAAGCGGAAGGCGAGGCCGAGCGGCGGGAAGCGCGAGCCCAGGUGGGCGGAUGUGGCCACCGCGAGGAGGGCCGCGGGGAAGGGCGGCAAGGCGCCGAGGGUCUCGUACGUCUGCAGCAACUGCGGGGACGGCUUCUCGCAGUGGUGGGGCACCUGCCGCGGCUGCCAGGCCGUGGGCACCCUCACCAAGUUCUUCCCGGGGGCCGCCGACUGCGCCGACGCCGACGCCGAGGGGUCGCACCACGCCGGCCGCUCGUGGAUUCGGCAGAAGAGCAAGGAGAUGGUGCCGAAGAAGCUCCGGGAAGUGACCAAGGGGUUUGACCAGGCGGGCUGGCGCAUACCGCUGCCAGGGACCUUUGGAAAUGAAAUUUCUCGGGUGCUUGGAGGUGGCGUUGUUCCUGGCUCCUUGGUUUUAGUAGGUGGGGAUCCUGGUGUUGGCAAAAGUACAUUGAUGCUACAGCUUGCUUCUAUUGUAUCCGAAGGUUCCGAGGACCAUGGGUCUGCUCCUGUUGUGUAUGUGUCUGGUGAGGAGAGCAUUGAGCAAAUUGCAAAUAGGGCUGACCGGAUGAGUAUCAGGUCUAAAGAUUUGUAUCUAUACUCUAGUACAGAUAUUGAGGAUAUCUUGGACAAAAUCCAGUCAUUAUCUCCAAAAGCUCUUGUUGUUGAUUCAAUUCAGACAGUUUAUCUAUCAGCAUUUGCUGGAAGUGCUGGGAAUCAAGUGCAGGUCAGGGAAUGCACAUCUGCCUUGUUAAGUUUUGCAAAAAUGACAAAUAUCCCUGUUUUCCUGAUUGGACACGUCACAAAAACUGGUGAUAUUGCUGGUCCUCGUGUUCUAGAGCACAUAGUAGAUGUUGUUUUGUAUAUGGAGGGAGAGAGAUGCUUAUCUCAUCGACUGUUACGGUCAGUGAAGAAUCGUUUUGGUUCAACAGACGAGCUUGGUGUAUUUGAAAUGUCAGAACACGGUCUGCAAGCUGUUCUGAAUCCCAGUGAGAUGUUCUUAACUGAGCAUGACUCUGAUUCUGAGAUACUGGCUGGGCUUGCUGUAGCUGUUGUUUUGGAUGGAUCCAGAACCUUCGCUAUUGAAGUUCAGGCACUGUCUGUUCCUGGUUCUCCUGGUCAAGGAAAAGUUGUUGGCACACGGUCAAAAAGGGUUGAGAUGAUAAUAUCAGUUCUUAUGAAGCAGGCAGGUCUAAAACUUCAUGAUAAUGUUAUUUAUCUGAAUGUGGUCAGUGGGUUCGAGCUGACGGAGACUGCAGGAGAUCUAGCCAUAGCAGCUUCGAUUUGCAGCAGUUUCUUGGAAUUCCCUAUCCCAAAUGAUAUUGCAUUUAUUGGAGAGAUUGGCCUUGGUGGUGAACUUAGAACUGUGCCAAGAAUGGAUAAGCGGGUGAUGGCUAUCGCAAAGUUGGGCUACAGGAAAUGCAUUGUCCCCAAGACUUCGGAGAAGCUGCUCAAACCUCUCGAUCUCGAUAUCCAGAUCUUGCCCUGCAACAACCUGAAGGAGUUCAUAAACACAGUGUUCCGGUCAGAAGUAUGAUGUUACAUCCUGGCAGCGUGCUCUUCUUACAACUAGCUGAUUGAGUGACAGUAGGUUUUUAGCGUGCCUGGGUCCAUUGGUCAACCAUAACUUGUUCGCUCAUUUGAAGUGCCAUUUUUACACUUCAACCGAUCAAAUCCCCAGUCAUUUUGUGCAUGAUCCUUUUGCUAGGAACUACGGCUCACCACUCCAUGCAUGCAUGAUGUAAAUCUUUGUCAUCCCAUCCUGGUUAUGUA